AGCUCAGCUGAAAAACUGACACAGUUAUGUUCCCUCCCCUCUGGAAGGAGAGCUCCUGCUACAUCCAAGCCUCCUCCUCGUCUUAAUUCCCUUUCCUUCUCCCUUUGCUCUUUGCGAACUCGGGGACAGAGUAGAAACUUAAUAAUAAUUGCCAGCUAGCAGAAAAUUUACAUCCUCUGAUUCCUAGUUCUCUUCCCCCCACCCCCCAAGCUGUCUUCAAGUCUCGUAAAUGGUAACUACAAUCCUUGCAAGAUGAGGUUAGCCUACUUUUUUCUAACCUUCCUGCUUCAGGACUGUUUUCUUUUGAGAAGGGCACUCGCUCAAGAAAUAGAAAGAUCCAACAGUGCUGUAACUUUUCAAGAUUGCCCUGUGGAUCUGUUUUUCGUCUUGGAUACCUCUGAGAGUGUUGCCUUAAGAGAAAAGCCUUUUGGGGCCUUGGUUGACCAAAUUAAAGCAUUCACCAACCGAUUCAUUGAUAAGUUAACUGACAGAUAUUAUCGAUGUGACCGGAAUCUCGUGUGGAAUGCUGGAGCCUUACAUUACAGUGAUGAGGUGCAGCUUAUCAAGGAACUCAGCCGCAUGCCUGAUGGGCGAGCUGACUUAAAGAACCGAGUGUCAGCAGUGGUUUCUAUUGGGAAAGGCACUUAUACAGACUGUGCCAUCAAGAGGGGCAUUGAAGAGCUACUCAUUGGAGGAUCUCAUCAGAAGGAAAAUAAAUUCCUGAUUGUGGUGACAGAUGGACAUCCCUUGGAAGGUUACAAAGAGCCCUGUGGGGGACUGGAAGAUGCUGCCAAUGAAGCAAAACAAGCAGGGAUGAAAGUGUUCUCCAUUGCCAUAUCUCCACACCAUCUGGAGUCUAGGCUAAGUGUGAUUGCCACAGACCACACCUAUCGUGACAAUUUCACAGCAACUGGACUUUCCCCACGUGAUAUUGACAUUACAAUUGACAAAAUCACUUCUAAAAUUACAGAGAAUGUGGAGCAAGAGUGUUGCUCAUACGAAUGCCAGCCUGCUCGAGGCCCUCCAGGACCGAUUGGGGAUCCAGGAUAUGAGGGAGAAAGAGGGAAGCCUGGCCUGCCAGGUGAAAAAGGAGACGCUGGAGAGCCAGGGAAGCAAGGUGACCCAGGACCUGUUGGUUACCAAGGAAUGAAGGGAGAAAAGGGUACUCGAGGUGACAAGGGCUCAAGAGGUUCAAAAGGAGCGAAGGGGGAGAAAGGCAAGCGUGGCAUCGAUGGUACUGAUGGCAAGAAGGGUGAACAAGGAUUUCAUGGGUUACCAGGAUGCAAAGGAUCCCCAGGAUUUGACGGCUUACAAGGACCGCAUGGGCCAAAGGGGGACCCUGGUUCUUAUGGACCCAGAGGAAGAAAGGGAGAGCCUGGGCUUAGUGGAAGACAAGGCAGGAAUGGAAACAUUGGGAAUCCUGGAGAUAAGGGUCCGCCUGGAGGUCCUGGAUCCCCUGGAGAGAAAGGAGAAUUGGGAGAUGAGGGAAAUCCUGGCCCAGAUGGCCCCACUGGAGAAAGGGGUGCCAAUGGAGAAAGGGGGCCACUAGGCAUCCCUGGUGUCCGUGGACCAAGAGGAGGAAAGGGCGAGCCAGGCCCACAGGGUGAUCAAGGCCGUGAAGGACCUUUUGGACCACCUGGUGAUUCAGGAGAAGCUGGACCAGCUGGUCCUAAGGGGCACAGAGGAGAUGAAGGACCUUCUGGAGCAGAGGGCCCUAAAGGACUGACUGGACCACCUGGAUUACCUGGGGACACUGGCUUGAUGGGUGAUAGGGGAGAAGAUGGCCGACCAGGAAAUGGCACGGAUGGGUUCCCUGGUUUCCCAGGAUAUCCUGGCAACAGAGGUGAUCCUGGGGUUAAUGGUACCAAAGGCUAUCCUGGUCCCAAAGGUGAUGAAGGAGAGAUUGGAGACCCUGGGAUAGAAAGCAAUGCAACUGGGACCAGAGGCAUGAAAGGAGCCAAAGGGUACAGAGGACCAGAAGGCCCUCCAGGACCUCCAGGACCCAGCGGCCCUCCAGGACCAGAUGAAUGUGAAAUUUUAGAUAUCAUCAUGAAAAUGUGUUCUUGCUGUGAAUGCAAGUGUAUUCCUGGUGAUGUUCUCUUCGUACUGGACAGCUCAGAGAGCAUUGGCCUGCAGAACUUUCAGAUUGCUAAGGAUUUCAUUGUCAAGGUCAUUGACAGGCUGAUCAAGGAUGAACAAGUGACAUUUAGACGAGGGGAAUCUAACAUUGGAGUUGUGCAGUAUAGCCAUGACAACACCCAGGAGCUGGUGGCCUUGGGGGAUAACAACAUUGAUAACAUUGGAGCCUUCAAGGAAGCUGUGAAGAACCUACACUGGAUUGCUGGUGGCACCUAUACUGGGGAAGCCCUUCAGUUUACAAAGGAGAACUUGGUGCAGCGGUUUGGCUCUGACAAAAGAGUGGUCAUAGUCAUCACCGAUGGGCGGUCUGACGUACUUCGGGACCAAACACCUCUCAAUGUUCUCUGUGAAAGCCAGACCCAGGUUUUCCCCCUGGGUAUUGGUGACAUUUCCAACAAACCUGCAAAUGUUGAACAAUUAUCAACUAUUUCCUGUGGGGGGAUAUCUCUUUAUCAAGAAAACUAUGCUGAAUUGCUGGAUGACACGUUCCUACAGAAUGUUACCUCGCAUAUCUGCAAAGAGAAGAAAUGCCCAGAUUACACUUGCCCAAUCGCUUUUGCUGGCCCAGCUGAUCUCACACUCCUUGUGGAUAGUUCUACCAGCGUUGGAAGCCGUAACUUCAAUACCACCAAGAAGUUUGUGAAACGCCUUGCGGAACGAUUCCUAACAGCAAGCAAACCUGCAGAUGCCACUGUGCGCGUCUCUGUUGUCCAAUACAGUGGCAAAGGCCAGCAAAAAAUAGAGUCGCAGUUUGAGCAAAACUACACAGUGAUUGCUGAUGCUAUUGACAACAUGGAAUUUAUUAAUGAUGCCACAGAUGUGAAUGCAGCCCUCAACUAUGUCACCAGACUGUACCGGCAGUCCUCCCGUUCUGGAGCUAAGAAGAGGGUGCUGAUUUUUUCAGAUGGCAACUCUCAAGGCAUUACCAGAAGCGCCAUUGAGAGGGCAGUUCAGGAGGCUCAACAGGCAGGCAUUGAAAUUUAUGUACUAGUGGUUGGUACUCAAGCCAAUGAGCCUAAUGUACGCGUGCUUGUCACUGAAAAAUCUGCUGCGUAUGAUGUGGCCUAUGGAGAGCGCCACCUUUUCAGAGUGCCUGAUUACCAGUCUCUGCUGAGGGGAGUGUUCUAUCAAACUGUCUCCAGAAAAAUAGCUGUAGACUAAGGAGUUGGGGAAUGAAAGAGCAGGAUAAAUAGAUUCUAAGUUUUCAAAAAUAAAAUAUUAGCAACCAAUUGGACCCAUGUUUUUAUACAAAGACCACAUCCAUCCUUACUUUUGAGCUAUGUUUUGUGCAUCCCUGUCCAGUCCUUUGUUUUCUUUGUUGUCCAUGAAUUGUUCCAGCCUAAAGGAGAAAGUGUAGGUUGAUUUAUUUUUGCCCUAAUUGGUAGCUUUCUGAACUGUAACUGAAAUGACUAUUUUUGUACCAUGUUUGACAAAGGUAAGCUGCUUUCUUAAAAGAACCUUAAAUGCACUAACCUUAUUUCUAAGGUUGAUAGCACAUUUCACAUAAAUUGGGGUCUUCCUUUUCAGAAUCAAAUGAUCCCUUAUCUCACUGCCAAGAUAAUUUGUUAAACUUGUCUGUUAUUUUAUUUUUAUAAUAGGAAACAGUGAGUAGUAAUUACUGUCUAGGCUACUCAGCUGCAGAAAGAUUACUUUGUCCUCAGAAAUAUACGGUACAUUUCAUGGUACACUUGUUACUCUCCAGGGAAACUGUGGAGGUUACUUAAAUUGUAACUUCAGAUAUGCAAUUAAAUUCAAAGCAGAUUGUUUUGACAAUAGGAUUAAACCAACAGCAUCUACCCAAAGUAGAGUUUAGGGAUGGAGGAAGGUACAAAGAAGACAUUCAACAAUGAAGUUAUUCAUACAUGAUGAAACUGAGAUUCGCAAAAGUGAUCUUUCAGUUUGCCUUACUAUCUAAAUUAUUUACAUGAAAUCUUAGGAAAGCCUGAGCCUUGAGUUUAGGCUUCUUGACUUCAGAGGGCCCUCCCUAUCCAAAAUGAUAUCAAUGUAGGUGCUACCUGCCCCUCGCAGACCUCAGAGCCUGAGGUUUACAUUGUUGCUAUGUUUACACAGUAACUUCUGAAAGAUAUAUCAAAGUUUGGAACUGGUUUGGACAGGUUUCAUUCAGUAUUUCCAAUGGUGCUCUUGCUAUAAAUUCAGUAUGCUUUCAGUAUGAAUGCAGAGAUGAAAUUGUUUUCAACACUGUGCCUCUUAUUGUUUUGUAAUCAACAUUCAUUUUACCACUUUAUUUUAUUUUAUUCCUGUGUUUUGCUGACAGAUGUUCAUGUUGAGAUUUUGUUCAAAUAAAUUGUUUUCCACAGUU